CACAGACACACGGUCCAGAUUCGCUUUUCUUCGCCGACAUCUCUCGAUCGCCCGAGCGUCUCCGUCUGGAUCUCAUUCCAUUUCGCAUCCGCACCGUCCAAGCACCAUGCUCCGAAACGCUUCCAGAUCUGUCCUCAGAGCCUCUACUCCCCUGAGCAGAGCCUUUGGAACUGCCAGCACCAAGACCUCUUUCCCCGUUAUCGACAAGUCUAGCCUGCCUGGAACCGUUUACGGCGGUGUUUACACCGUCACCCUCAUCCCCGGUGAUGGUGUCGGUCACGAAAUGGCCAACUCGGUCAAGACCAUCUUCAAGGCCGCCAACGUCCCCGUCGAAUGGGAGCAGUUUGACCUCUCCGGCUACACCGAGACCGAUGCCAAGCUCCUGAAGCAGGCCACCGACUCGAUCCGCCGCAACAAGGUUGCCCUCAAGGGUAUCCUCUACACCCCCAUCUCCCGUCUCGGCCACCAGUCCCUGAACGGCUUCCUGCGCAAGGACCUCGACAUCUACGCCUCCCUCUCUCUGGUCAAGAACUGGCCCGGCAACUGGUCCACUCGCCACAAGAACGUCGACCUUGCCAUCAUCCGUGAAAACACCGAGGGUGAAUACUCCGGCAUGGAGCACGCCCCCGUUCCCGGCGUCGUCGAGUCCCUCAAGAUCGUCACCAAGGAAAAGACCGAGCGCAUUGCCCGCUUCGCCUUUGACUUUGCCCUCAAGAACGGCCGCAAGAAGGUCACUGCUAUCCACAAGGCCAACAUCAUGAAGCAGGGUGACGGUCUCUUCUUGAACACUUGCCGCGAGGUCGCCAAGACCUACGAGAGCUCCGGCAUCAAGUUCGAUGACAUGAUUGUCGACAACGCCUCGAUGCAGCUUGUCUCCAAGCCCCAGCAGUUCGACGUCAUUGUCUGCGGCAACCUCUACGGCAACAUCCUCAGCAACAUUGGUGCUGGUAUCGUUGGUGGACCUGCCCUGGUUCCCGGUGCCAACAUUGGCCGUGACUACGCUGUCUUCGAGCCUGGAUGCCGUCACGUCGGCAAGGACAUUGAGGGCCAAAACACCGCCAACCCCUUCGCCAUGAUCCUCUCCUCGGUCCACCUCCUCCGCCACAUCGGCCUGGAGGACCACGCCAACCGCAUCUCCACCGCCCUCCUCAAGGUUAUUACUGAGGGCAAGACCCUGACCCCCGAUCUCCAGGGCAAGAGCAGCACCACCGACUUUACCCUUGCCGUUAUUGCCAACCUCUAAGUGCGCAAAGAGGAUAUUCUUCCGCCAAGGGAAGUAAGCUGAAGCGGUGCAUCGACGAUAGAUUCCGGGAAACCGUCUCCACUUUUUAUGCGUCUGGGCAUUUCAAUCCUGGUACCUCCCGCUUCACCUCGUCCUGUGCCUCCACAUGCUUGCUUUCAUUCCU